AAAUGAGACGCGCCGGUUUAAUCAAACCGCUGUUGCGUAUAAAUAAUAACAAAUCGCGGGAAUGGAGGAAAAACUACGCCACCCAGGUGGACCCUAACUUGGCGGAGUGUUCGCUGGACCCCAAGGAGUAUGUGGAAUUCAAGCGACAACUAAGGCAGCUCAACUUGCCCCACAAAGAUGGAAACACGUGCUUGCAACUGGAGUGUCGCCUGUGCAAAAGGCAGCCAUCCCAGAAAACCGGCGACCAAGGGCUGCUGGCUUACGUAAACAAGCGGACGGGAGCGUUUAUGUGCCCCAACUGCGAUGUGAAAACCUCACUGGCGAAUGCCUUGGCGGCUUAUCAGUUGCCCACGCCGGCUGGCUACAGGCGACUCCCGCAAAUGCAGCCGCUCCAUGAAUCCCGAUUCCCACACCUCUUCAAUGUGACCGCCGAAGCCUGCGAAGCCUUGGGAGUAAAGGGUUUAAAGGAGGACCAACUAAACGCUAUUGGAGCUCAGUGGGAGCCACAACAACAACUGCUGCACUUCAAGUUACGCAAUGCCGCUCAAAUUGUGGUGGGUGAGAAGGUUUUACAUCUGGGCGAUAAACGGGAGGAGACUUACCAGGACAUCUCGAGCUCUGGACUGCUCAUCCACGGAGCGGCGAACAAGACCAAAGCGGUUCUAGUCAGCAAUCUAAUGGACUUUAUUGUCCUCUCCACACAGAACAUUGAAAAGCAUUGCAUUGUCUGCCUGCCUUACGGCUUGAAGACGCUGCCGCAAGAGUGCCUUCCCGGCUUGGAGCGCUUCAAGGAGUUGAUCUUUUGGUUGCACUACGAUGCGACACACAGCUGGGAUGCAGCUCGAGCAUUUGCACUGAAGAUGGACGAAAGAAGGUGCCUGCUGAUCCGACCCACGGAAACAGAACCGGCGCCUCAUUUGGCAUUGGAAAGACGCCUCAAUCUCCGUCACAUCCUGGCUAAAGCAACGCCAGUGCGGCAUAAAGCCAUCACCACAUUUGGAGCGAUGCGAAAUGACAUUCUCAGUGAGUUGCAGAACAUCGAGAAAGUAAACGGAGUGAAGUGGAAGCGCUUUCCGGUGCUGAACAAACUGCUCAAGGGCCAUCGAAGGGGAGAGUUGACCAUCCUCACCGGACCAACGGGCAGUGGGAAGACGACCUUCAUGAGCGAGUAUUCUCUUGACCUGGCCAUGCAGGGUGUUAGCACGCUGUGGGGCUCCUUCGAGAUCCGGAACACCCGGCUGGCGGCCACCCUGCUCCGUCAGUAUGUGGGCUAUCCACUGGACGACCGGUUGAAGGAGUUUGACCAUUGGGCAACGGAGUUCGAGCGCCUGCCGCUCUACUUCAUGACCUUCCACGGACAGCAGCCCCUUAAGCCGGUCCUGGAGGCCAUCGAGCAUGCAUCCUAUGUACACGAUGUGAUGCACGUGAUCAUCGACAACCUGCAGUUCAUGAUGGGCGUCUCCACGAUUCGGAGCGACAAGUUUUGGGAGCAGGACUCCAUAAUAGCAGCCUUUCGCUCCUUCGCCACCAAGCACAACGUCCACGUGACGCUGGUAAUGCAUCCGCGCAAGGAGCGGCAGGAGGACGAGCUGACCACCAGCUCGGUUUUCGGUACAGCGAAGGCGACUCAGGAGGCGGACAACGUACUGAUUAUCCAGGACAAGCGGUUGACUUCUGUGAGGGGUAAAAAGUAUCUGCAGAUUGCCAAGAAUCGCUAUUCCGGCGAUCUGGGAAUAAUGCCUCUGGAAUUCGACAAAGAUGCCCUGAGUUACUCCUCCCAAAUCCAGAGUGCCAAGCGAAAGCAGGAAAAGACGCCUUCAGAGACUUGACCUAAUAAGGCAUUUGUUGUACUAUACGAUAUAAUUAUUCUGUUGUCUAUGGCUAGGUUAGGCUUAAGUGAAUCCUUUGAUAUUUAUAAACCGCAUCACGUUGAGCUCUGCUUGUA